AUGGCUUUCACGGCAAACGACGCUUCCUUCAUCCCUAUUUGGUUGGGGAAUUUGCCCCAUGAUCCAGACCAGCUGAAAGAAGCAGAGAAGGAACUGGCUGUUGCAAUUGCGAAAGUCAGUGUAGACCUUGGAGUGCUUGACAUUUGUCCCAAAGAUGUUUGCUUUCGCUUUCACACGAAAGGCUCGUCGUCCUCUGGUGUAGGCUUGGGCUUUGGCUUUGCAUGGGUACCAAGGCCUGUGGCUCAGAACCUAGUGCAAGUUGGGCAGUUGGAAUACUCUGACGGGAAUGGCUCUGAGCGCUUCGCAAGCGUGCGCGAAAGCCGUGGACAUCCAUCACGUCCGGCUUCGGCGAAGGAGGAGAUUGCAGUAGCCGUUGUAGGAACCUUUGCCAGUUUGGAGGUUCAGCUCGCAGAGCUCAUUUCCCAAUGGCAAACAGUGUUCGAUGAAGCAAACGUGCACUUAAAUUUUCGUUUCAGCGAGAAGAAUGGCACCUCAGAAAUCUGCAAAUUGCUCCAGGGCAAAAGACACUUUCUCAGGCGUGUGCCGAUUGGUGUUGUUCUCUGGCAACCUCAAGACUUGUGCCGCGCUUGCUUAAGCAGUGCAAACCCUGCAAAGGAGGUUUUUGACGUUAUUAAUGCUGCAAAGUCUGCAUGCUCAGCAGGGCAUGUCUUGAUGUUUCUUCAGAUCAAAGAGUGCCGAAGCUGCGACGAGAGGCAGGCAUCGGAUAUUUUGAAGGAAGGCUUACAAAAUAUAAACCUUUGUGAAUUCAUCAACUGGCCGGCCCUUGUUGAGUUGUAUCCAUGUGCAACUUCUGAGCCGCUGGCGGCAGCCUGUGCAUUAAUUAUUCGUCACCGCACUGCUGCGCUUUUGAGCAACAGGCUGAAGGUUUUUGUGGCCGAUUGUGAUCACACUCUUUGGGAGGGGGUUGUCGCUGAAGAUGGUGUGCAAGGGGUGAAGCUAGCUGCUCCACAUGUUGGGCUCCAGAGAAGACUGGCAGCUUUGCAGAAAGCUGGACGUUUGAUUUGCAUUGCUUCAAGAAAUGCAUCUGCUACAGAAGUUCUACAGGUUUUUGUAGAUCGAAAGAAGGAGUGCCCGUUACAACUGGAGCAAAUAGUCGCGUACGAAGUGCAUCCAGGGCCGAAGCCGCAAUCCCUUCAAAGACUCUCAACUCUACUGAGCCUUACUUUGGACUCCUUUGUUUUCUUGGACGACAACUGUUUUGAAGUUGAAGAUGUUCGCCAGAGCUUGCCUGAUGUUAUCACGGUCCACAUUCCCGCGGACCAUGCUGAAUUUGAUCGCCUGGUUCAACACUGUUGGUUGCUGGAUGCCUUUCAAGGCACUCCAACCAAAGAAGACCAGGACAGGACUGAAUUGUACCGACAGAAUGCAGCGCGGCGUGCUGAGAGAGAGCGCCACAGAAGCUUGACCGACUUUCUGGACUCCUUGGAAGUGGAAGUUGUGAUCCACGAGCCAAACCAGAACGACGCGUAUCGAUACGUAUCGCGACUGUGUCAGCUGUGUGCAAAAACAAACCAAUUCAACACUACCCAGCUGCGCUUGAGUGAACUUGAAAUAAGUAUGUGGUGCAACAAUGAGCUUCGAAGUGUUUUUGCCGCGCAGGUGAAAGACAAAUUUGGGGACUAUGGCUUGGUGGCUGGUGUGUUUUGCUCUCUGGAGGAAGACUCUGUAGUUGUGGACUGCCUGGCCAUGAGUUGCCGAGUGCUGCACCGAGGAGUUGAACUGCAGCUUCUUCGGAAGGUUGCGCAAUUGGCGUUGGCGCGAGAUAAGGCGAAGGUGACUGUCAAGUUCCGCCCAUCAAGCAAGAAUGCUUUGGCCAGGGGCUUUUUGGCCCGGUUGUUUUGUUGGCUUGAAGGACAUGUGUGGCAAUCCCCGGACAUUUCGAGCCAAAUCAGCUGGGAAUGUGGAGAGCAAGUCUUUGCUUUUCCUGCUCUGGAAUUGUCGCAGCUGUCCAGCUGUGCUUUGGAAGGGUUCUCGGAUGCUUCUGUGUCUGAUUGGAGAAGAGAGGCAAUCGAUCGAGAGUUGCAUGUUUCGUCCUGGACCAACGUGGUGGACGCUGAGGAUUGGAUGCUUGUUCCAACCCAUCCCCAGCAUGUUACCUCUUGGUCUGCACUGUUGAAGAAGAUUUGCGACAUAGGACCAGACAUUCCCUUAUCCUCGGGCCGGAAUCCGGGAAAGGACAGAAGGCAUCGGUGGCGGUUGUAG